CUUGAUCAGCAUCUAAUUGAAAAGAGAAAGAUAUGUUGGGAAAACAGAAAACCACAAUUGUGUUCCAACCUGGGGAUAAAGAAAGACUGAGGAAGGGAUGAUCACAAGCAAUGGUGAAACUUAGCAAUAAGAAUUGGAGUCCUUGUUUUAUUAUUAUUUUACUUUAUUUAUUUAUUUAUUUUGUAAUGCUAAUGCUAGAACCCAGAGCUUUGCAUCUGCUAGGGAAGUGCUCUACCUCUGAGCUACCCCUCCCACCAUAUCAUAGUUUUUUAAAUGACUAUUAUCUUUUGAUUUAGCUAGUCCACCUCUGAGGAUUAAAUCUAAAUAAACAAUGGGAGAUAAAUAAUGUGUAAGCAACAUGCUAUACCAAGUUGCAGUAUAGAAAGAUCUCAGAUUUUUUCCAUUUUACAGAUGAAUAAAGUGAGGCACAGAGAUCAAAUAACAUAACCUAGACCCUAAAGUCAUUUGUAGGCAUGGUAUAGCUGGCCCAUAAUGCUAGAAUUUGGGGAGGCUGAAGCAAGAGGAUCACAGAUUUCAAGCUUAGCCUGGGGCAUUUAGCAUAUUAGUGAGACCUUGCCUCAAAAAAUUAGAAAAUGGCUGAGGAUAUAACUCAGAGUGAAGGCUCUGUGUUCAAUCUUCAUUACUACCCCCACCAAAAAGUGAAACUGAUCUAGAGCCACGCUUCUCUCUUGCCUGUCCUCCGUGCUCCUUUAGCCCCAGUUUUCAUGGCAUUUCUCUGUGUGUUUCUUCCUCUAAAGAGAUCAAGAACCCCAUUCUAUUUACCGUGGCAUUUUCAAGUGCCUGGCAUGAACAAAUACUCCAGAUAUGUUUAUUGAACCCAACAGAAUGGCAUAUUGGUAACUUGACUAAUCACUGAGAUUUAUGCUUCUACCUUUACAGAACUCUAUGUAAAUUAGGGCACAAACAUGGCCAAAAGUACACAGAUUUAAUAACGAUUCUUAAGAAAAAUAGUUUCCUUAGCUGCUCUCUUUUCCUAGUUUUGAGUUGUUAAAUAAUUUAACUGGCACAUCUAGAAUUUAUUUUCUAAUAUGACUUUCUAAAUAGGAAAUUCUUGAACAUUUCUCAUCGUUAUGUUAUUUGUGAGCAACGAUCAUGUAAUUUUUUAUUUCUUUUUCUACACUGGGGUGCCUAAUAAAUAUUAAAUACUGAUAUCAUUAAAACUGUAAAAUUAUAAAGAAGAAAAUAAUAAUACUUUUUAUUUUUAAAAUAAGGAGGAUUUAUGGUGAGAAAAAGAGAAAUAAGCAAGAAUUUAUUCGUGUCUUUUAUGUUUACUACAAAAUUACUAAGGCUGGUAGACAGCUAUGGAAUCUAUGAAUAUGAAAUAGUUAAAUCACCACCAAAAACUAGUUUAAGAAAACAGUAGUAGAGCACUCGCAAAUCAGAUUGUUGACACCUAAAUCUACCUUGGGUUAAUUUAGUGCCUUGCUGUUUUAAGGUUUUUGCAAUUUUAUAAACAACCAGUCACGACUCCUCAGAUCACAACAAAUCCAAGUAGUCUUUUUGCCCUGACCUCUUAGCGUCCCACAACUUUAUACAACUCACGCUCAAAAAAUGUUUAUAGAGAAAAUGACAUCCCAGGGGAGAGGGUUAAUUCUGCUGUUGAACAAAGCCAGAAGAGGCAAGGAAACUUUUGCUGGUAACCAGUAUUUGUUUCUGAAAGCAUCCUCUAAGUCAGGAUCCUCAAGAGAAACAGAACAAAUAACACGCGUGUGCACGCGCGUGUGCACACACACACACAAGUUCAAACUAUUUAAAAGUUUGAGCUUUGAAAAUGUAAGGCAGACCAGCAAGUGAGAGCCCCAGCGGAGAACUGAUAUUGAAGACUUGAGUUCAAAGACAGACUAGAGCCAAGAAUUCCUUCUGUCAGCAUCUCUCACUCUUAAGACCUUCAACUGACUAGAAGAGGCUCACCCACAUUAUCACCUGCUUUACUCAAAGAUUUGUGACUUAAAUCUUAUCACAUUAAAAACGAUAACCACCUUCACGGCAAUAUCUAGAUUGGUCCCUAGAUGGAAAUCAUAGUUACCAUAGCCUGGCCACACUAACAUGUGAAAUCGACCACCACAACCAUCAUUCCUCAGAACGCCAGUUAUUGCAGGCAUACUUCAUUUAGCCAACAGUGACAGAGGUAAAUUUUAGAUUGCUUCCUAGAAUCCAUCAGACCAGCCUUGUUCAACUAUACAAGAUCUCUGUGGAUUACACCGUACAUCAAAUAUCUGCUGGCCAGUGCCCUCCUUGUGUGUUUUCUGCUAGCAGUUGAAGCUUUUUGGUGUGAGCAGAAUGUUUUCACUCCCUUUGGUAACAUCUUUCUGUUCCACAAACACUCCCAAGAAGACGUCCCAGAAUAAAGAGCUAUCGCAUUCCAUCCGCAUGGCAUCUCUCCUUGGGAAAUCAUCCCAGUUGCUUUGAUGCGGAGAAGUAAUUGAAAUUCCUUUGUUUAUAAAUGUGUGUAUUGGAUUAAAGAUUCAUGUCACCUAUACAGUGAACACAAAUACACAAAGGGAUCCACCUCCGAUAAAAGUUUAAUCAUAAUCUGAUAUCAGGGGCUCAGACUGAGCCGCUCCAGAGCAGCAAUUGUGUGACAGGAUCACCGUGCUGGUCAGAAGCGGGGGCCAGGCCUUCAUCCAGGCUCUGUUCCAGUCAUCUUGCCUCCCCACAGCCAGCCCUUCCUCUCCCAUCGUCACGAUUUCCUUCUUCCAAUUCCUCGCACUACCCAAAAGGAUAUGGAGAUCUCCAGCCAGGAACAAAGCCUUCAAGAGUUGGAUUUAGAAGACAUAACUAGGAAAAUUUUAUUUCUUGACAAAUGGAGGAGAAUCUUUAGUUAUCAUGGGUUGGGAACCAAUAAUACAACUCCUGAGAGUCACGAAAGCAACCAUGUGUCAGCUAAUGAAACUGAAGACAGAACAAGAAGACCUCAACCAAAAGGACAAGGACAUCUGUGGUCCAGUAGCCUUUGUUCUAUUCCCAAACCCUCCAUCAUCUCUUCAAAACUGGGCGGCUCUCCUAUCUCCCUAGCGAUGGCCAUGAAGCUUCGACAGAGUCUCUUUGGAAAUACUACCCAUGUCUUCAGCUGUGACUGGAAAAAGGCUCGCUUCAAGUUCCAUGAUCCUUUCUCAGACCUGGCUUCCACUUUGGAAAUAGAAAAGGGAGGUUCCCGGGGUAUUCAGAUGGCUGUACAAGGAUUCAUCAUCAAAUACUUGUUAUUCACCAGGAAAGGAAAAGACUGUAACUUUCACAGUUUAUGUGAGCUGAGCAAGCCUGAGCAGGAGCAAGCCCUGGCUUCGGCACUGGCUGGCAUCCUCUGGAACGCUGGAGCAACUCAGAAGGCCACCAUCUGUCUUGUCACGGAGGACACUUACAUUGCCUCAACUCCUGAUUACUCUAGGGAUGAUUUCACGGAACAGCUCCAGCUGUUUGAAUUUUCAGAGAGAGAAGCCACUGAGAAAUUCAUCUAUGAUCAUUUACAAUGUUUUAAAGGAGAAGGAAGCCAUGGUGUCAUCCUCUUUCUUUACAGCCUGAUCUUCUCCAGAACAUUUGAGAGGCUUCAGAAAGACCUGGACAUCACCACCACCCAUCUGUUACAGCCACAUUCAGGAGGCUUCCUUUGCAGGCAGGCAGUCCUGAACAUGAUAUUAACCGGAAGAGCAAGUCCAAAUGUCUUCAACGGCUGUGAGAAGGGAAAGUCUCAGGAGAGGUUACACGGAGUCCUAACCCGCAGUGAUGUUGGCUAUUUGCAGUGGGGUCAGGACAGCUCUGGGGACAACAGACUCUCACAGGUGGGCAGCAUGCUGAAGACUCCUAAAUUUCCUAUCUGGCUGUGCAAUAUCAGUGGAAAUUACAGCAUCCUUUUUUGCACAAACAGACAGCUUUUGUCAGACUGGAAAACAGAGCGUCUCUUUGAUCUGUACUUUUACAGUAGCCAACCCUCACAGAAAAAGCCAGUGCGUCUUACAGUGGAUACGCAUGCUCAUCCUUGGGAAAAGGAUCAACAGCAAGAUAAACAUGGGUCAGGAAGACGCUGCUCCCCAGUGGAGAUGGCCAUCAGAACCAAGUGGAGAGAGGCCACCAUCAACUGGAAUGGAACUUCUCCCUUUUUCUAAGAGAAAACCAGCACUUACAAUGAGGUCCCAAGUGUUAGAAAUGUUGGGUUUCAAGAGUCUUGUGCAGGAGGAAGAUAUUUAAUCUCUACAUUCCCUCUCCUGAGCCCACCAAAAACCCCUGCUAGCAUCUUUUACACUUUUCCUCCCUGUCAUGCAGGCUGCAGUUCGUGUUGUGGGAGAAGCCCAGACCCUUGCCCAGGGUCCUCUUGAUUUCUCCUCUGUAGUCACCUAAACUGGCUCCUUCGUUUUAUUCAAAAGAAAAAAAAAAAAAAAAAAUGAAGUCUCUCCUCUGCGUAUUAUUUCCAAAUUAGUCUUUUCUUGGUUUGAUUCUCCAUGAGGAUUAUGGAAAUGGGCAGCUCGCUUCCAUGUGGGAAUCAAGUUAUCCAUAAAGCAUCACCAGAUUUUAGUCAUGGCAAGAACCCAAGCCUUCUCGAAGACUUCCUGGGAUGGGUGGCAUUCUUUUCCCAGCAUACAUUUCACACGCCCACAUUAGCAAGUUCCUGCCAUCCACAUAGUAAACGGGCUUCCUCUGGCUUCAAGCAGGGACUAUUCCUGGGGAGGCAGCAGCUAGAGCAUUUGGCGUGGGGGCUUCAGUAGUCAAGGCGAGCAGGCGGAAGGAAAUACUCUUCUCCUCAGUGCUGUCUUUCUUUUCUUCUUCUUCAUAAACUAGAUAUAAAUAUUAUCAACAAAUAUAAACUGAGACAGAAGUCUGAUUCUGGCAUCAAAGAAGAUUCCAUAUAAAAAUAAAAUUUCUUAAGUCAUUGUUCAACAGGGAAAAUAAUUCUUUUAAGAAUGUGAGUUCGCUGGUUCUGUUAAAUGCCUGUGUUCUCUGAAGAGAUACAAAGACUACACGUAUAUUCUUUCUAAAAGACCUAUGUGGGAAUCGCUAGACCUUUCUGCUACCAGUGCUCUCUCCUACCCCUCCACUGGUCUGCCAACUCAUAGAUUUAGGGCACUGAAAUUUGGAAACCAAAGGUCAGUUUCCAAAGAACAACUCUUCUGUAUUUAUUUUCUAUAUUACCCAGUGCAUUUUCAUUUGGCUCAAAAAUGCUUUAACUUAAGGAACAUGUAGAAAAUAAAACUUCAAGGUGGAUAAAAAAAUUAUGCCAAAAGAGGAAGCCAAUUUGGCUUGGAGUUUUGAUUAUAAUGUCUAUUAUCAGUGUUUUCAGUUGGAAUAUUUUGUUUUUUGUUUUGUCUUUUUGAGACAGAAUCUCCCUACGAAGUUCAGGUUGGCCUUGAUCUCACUUUGUAACACAGUUGGUCUCAAACUCCCAACAAUCUCCCUGCCUCAGCCUCCCAAGUACAUAGUGAGACUUUGUCUCAAAAAGACAAAAAAAAAAAGGGGGCUGGGAAUUUAGCUCAGUGCCUUGCAAGUGUGUGGUCGUGAGUUCGAUCCCUGGUACCCAUAAAAAAGAAAAAGACAAAAAAAAAAAAAAAAAAAGUAUGAUGUAACUAGGUGUCCCCCCAAA